AUGCUUCAUGAUAAUGGUCCUCCUCAUACUCAUCCAGAUGUUAUUGAUUAUUUAAUGGAGGAAGGAAUCGAAAUCAUUCCGCAUCCACCAUAUUCACCAGAUCUCGCACCGUAUGACUUUUGGCUAAAUGAUUAUAUCAAGAACAAGUUGACGGAUCACACAAACGAAGAAUCAUUAGCUCAAGAGGUUUCCACCAUAGUGAAGAAUAUUCCAAUAAACGAGUUUAAAAAGACUUUCGAUAAACUGUUAGAAAGAAUGAAACUUUGUAUCGAAAAUAAUGGUGAUUAUUUUGAGCAUUUAAUAAAAUAAAAUAACGAAUGUCUCUUCGUUUCUGUAUUGUGGUUUUAUGUUGGCAUGAUCUUUUCUUGGCUAUAAAUACUAUAGAUUUAGUCUGAAAGGAUGUUAGAACUAAGUCUAAGAGAGAGUUGCUCUAUAUAUUAUUAAAGACGAGACGUUAUACUAUAUAUUGCCUUAGUAAAAUAUUCAAUAUUUAUUGCUUUAUUAAAUUUUAAAAACUGUGAUCAGAACUUUUGGUAUACCCUAAGUAGAUAUUAUUUAGAAUCUCAAAAGAAUUGAUAUACUGGCACGAAAAUUUUUAACUAGAUUUCAGGACUUUUAGCUGGAAAUAUUAGAAAACUAUAAAAUUUUCUAUAUUGUUUUUUUUUUCUAAAGACCUUCAGAAGAAGUAUUAAGAUGAGAGUUUUCUUUGUUAUCAAUAAUAAAUUACUUUUUCAUCAAGUGAUUCCAGUGUACAAGAAACGCAACAAAUUUAAUAAUUUUCUCUUAGAAAAAAGAAAAGAACAAUC